UUGUACAUGAUGAAUUGUGAACUACUAGCCACGUGUAGUGCCCUGGGGUACUUGGAGGGAGACAUUUACCACAAAGAACCAGAUUGCUUGGAGAGCGUGAAGGAUUUGAUCCGCUACCUGAGACAUGAGGACGAGACACGGGAUGUGCGGCAGCAGCUGGGGUCCGCGCAGAUCCUGCAGAGCGACCUUCUUCCCAUCCUCAUCCAGCACCGCCGGGACAAGCCUCUCUUUGAUGCUGUCAUCAGGCUGAUGGUGAAUUUAACACAGCCAGCACUGCUCUGUUUUGGCAGUGUACCCAACGAGCCGGGCUCCCGGCAUCAUUUCCUGCAAGUGCUAGCUCACUUGCAGGCCUACAAAGAGGCUUUUGCUAGUGAGAAGGCUUUUGGUGUCAUCAGUGAAACUUUGUAUGAGCUGCUGCAGCUGGGCUGGGAGGAACGGCAGGAGGAAGACAAUUUGCUGAUUGAGCGGAUCCUGUUACUGGUCAGAAAUAUCCUCCAUGUCCCAGCUGACCUGGAUCAAGAGAAGAGGAUCGAUGAUGAUGCCAGUAUCCAUGAUCAGCUUCUCUGGGCCGUUCACCUCAGUGGCCUGGAUGAUCUGCUCCUCUUCCUGGCCAGCUCGCCUGCUGAGCAGCAAUGGAGUCUCCAUGUCCUGGAGAUUAUCUCCUUGAUGUUUCGCGAUCAGAUUCCUGAGCAGCUGGCGUCUGUAGGGCAGGGACGUUUAGCUCAGGAGCGGAGAACAGAUGUGGCUGAGCUAGAGGAGCUACGCCAGCGAGAAACAGCAGAAAAGAAGACUCGAGCCCUUCAGAGAAGCAACAGGCACUCACGAUUUGGGGGCUCCUACAUUGUGCAGGGGUUGAAAUCCAUUGGGGAGAGGGACCUCAUCUUUCACAAAGGGCUCCACAAUCUCCAGAACUACACUUCCGAUUUGGGAAAACAGCCCCGUCGGGUGCCGAAGCGCCGUCAGGCUGCUCGGGAGGUGUCGGUUCAACGUCGUUCUGCCCUCAACGUGAGGCUCUUCCUCAGAGACUUCUGCUCCGAGUUCCUAGAGAACUGCUAUAACCGGCUCAUGGGCUCCGUGAAGGAUCACCUGCUUCGGGAGAAGGCCCAGCAGCACGAUGAGACAUACUACAUGUGGGCCUUGGCUUUCUUCAUGGCCUUCAACCGAGCCGCCUGCUUCCGGCCAGGCCUGGUCUCUGAGACCCUCAGUGUCCGCACCUUCCACUUCAUUGAGCAGAACCUCACUAACUACUAUGAGAUGAUGCUGACCGACCGAAAAGAAGCUGCCUCCUGGGCACGCAGGAUGCAUCUUGCUCUGAAGGCCUAUCAGGAGUUGCUGGCUACAGUGAAUGAGAUGGACACAUCCCCUGAGGAGGCUGUGAGGGAAAGCAGCCGCAUCAUCAAAAACAAUAUUUUCUAUGUCAUGGAGUACCGAGAACUCUUCCUGGCACUCUUUCGAAAAUUCGAUGAGCGAUGUCAGCCCCGCUCUUUUCUUCGUGAUCUCGUGGAAACCACCCAUCUCUUCCUCAAGAUGUUGGAGCGGUUCUGUCGGCACCGUGGGAACCUGGUGGUGCAGAACAAACGGAAAAAGAGAAAGAAGAAAAAGAAGAGCGUGCCACAGCCCGACCAUGUCCCUUCUAGCCCAGAGGAGCUGGAGGCUGUGUGGUCAUCACUGGCUGAACAGUUGCAGUUCUGUGUCCAGGGUUCUGAACUCAGCUUGGACCCAGUGGUUCCCUUCGAUGCUGCCUCAGAAGUGCCGGUGGAAGAGCAGCGGGUUGAAGCCAUGCUGCGGAUCCAAGACUGUCUCCUCGCUGGCCAGGCCUCACAGGCCCUGACCCUCCUUCGGUCUGCCCGGGAGGUGUGGCCAGAAGGAAAUGUGUUUGGCUCUCAGGACAUCUCCUCAGAGGAAGAAAUACAACUGCUCAAACAGAUCCUCUCUGCUCCACUACCCCGGCAGCAGAAACCAGAGGAACAAGGGGCAGAUGAAGAAGAGGAAGAAGAGGAGGAGGAAGAGGAAGAGUUGGAAGUGGUCCAGGUAUCAGAGAAAGAAUUCAACUUUCUGGACUACCUGAAACGCUUUGCAUGUUCAACUGUCGUCCGAGCAUAUGUUUUGCUGCUACGAAGCUACCGCAAGAACAGCGCCCACACAAACCACUGUGUUGUCAAGAUGCUGCACCGACUGGCCCAUGACCUGAAAAUGGAAGCCCUAAUGUUCCAGAUUUCACUCUUCUGCCUCUUUAAUCAACUGCUCAGUGACCCUGCCUCUGGGGCUUAUAAGGAGCUGGUGACUUUUGCCAAAUUCAUUCUAGGCAAGUUCUUUGCCUUGGCUGCAGUUAAUCAGAAAGCUUUUGUGGAACUGCUGUUCUGGAAGAACACGGCUGUGGUUCGUGAGAUGACCGAGGGCUACGGUUCCCUGGAUGGCGGAUCUUCUGGUCGCAGAGCCCCCGUAUGGAGCCCUGAGGAGGACGCCCAGCUUCAGGAACUCUAUCUCGCUCAUAAGGAUGUAGAAGGGCAGGACGUGGUGGAUGUCAUCCUGGCACACCUGCGCUCCACUCCUCGCACACGCAAGCAGGUGAUCCACCGCCUAGUCCAUCUGGGGCUGGCAGACAGUGUCAAGGACUUUCAGAGGAAAGGAACUCAAAUUGUAUUGUGGACAGAAGACCAGGAGCUAGAACUUCAACGGCUCUUUGAGGAGUUCCAGACCUCAGAUGAUGUUCUGGGCCAUAUCAUGAAGAACAUCACAGCUAAACGCUCAAGAGCCCGAAUAGUGGAUAAACUACUGGUCCUGGGACUGGUAACAGAGAGGCGUGAGCUGUAUAAGAAACGCCGGAAGAAGUCAGCAUCCUCCCAUUUGCCCACUGGGAAAGACUCUCUCCCAGACUUUUGCCAAGAUCAAGAAGAAGAGAGCCUGCUAAGGGAAGAGAGUGAAGAGGAUGAAGAGGAAGAAGAGGGUUUGGAAGCAGACCAAGGCCAGGGAAGCUCAGUUCUUUCAGCUGAAAGCCUUGGGCAAAGCCUACAUCUGGAAGGCUUUUCUUCUCCUCUCCAGUGGCUCCAGAACUACCUGUUACGGGUAGCAGAUGAUCGGGAAGAGGAUGGCUGCUCCCAGGCAGUGCCAUUGGUACCACUGACAGAAGAAAAUGAGGAGAUGAUGGAAAACGAACAGUUUCAACAGCUGUUGGUCAAGCUAGGAAUUCGGCCUCCUGCUUCUGGGCAGGAAACCUUCUGGCGAAUUCCAGCCAAACUGAAUUCCACCCAACUCCGGAGAAGAGCAGCAUCAUUAAGUCAAGCAAAGGAAAAUCUUCAACCCAGGCUUAAACCUGAAGUGCCUGGACAGCCAGGCCUCGAGGAAGAGCAGCAGGAGGAGCAGCGAGCACAGGCCUUGAGGGCUCUUCUAGAGGCGAGGAACAAGAAAGCAGGCCUUGGCCAGAGCCAUAGCACAGCAGUCAUUUCAGAGGAAGAGACUAUAGAUGGGAGCGAACAGUUGAAAGUGUCCACCAAGAAGCGACAGCUGCUGGACAGUGAUGAGGAGGAGCCAGAGGAAGAGGACGACAAGAGCACUGCCUCAGAGUCGGGAUCUUCAGGAAUUCCAAAGAGGAAACGGUUCCAGAUUGUGGAGGAUGACAGUGACUGAGGAGCCAAACACCGA